CUCCUCCCCACCCCACGACGACAUCCCAACCCACACGAAAACAACCACCACAUCCCAUCCCGAACCCUCCGAGCUCCCCUCCCUGCGCCGCCAACACGUAACAGCCGGCUAUCGCGAUGGUGUCUCCGCCUCGAAAACCGAACACGUCCAAUCCGGCUUCGACGCGGGCUUCCCCGUCGGCGCCCAACUAGGUAUGCGAGCGGGGACAAUCCUAGGUAUUCUCGAGGGUGUGAUCCGCGGGUACGAAUCUCGGGCCUCGUCGGCAGUUAUCAAGAAGCCCGGUGCUAUGCGCGGUGCUAGUGGUGGUGGCGCUGGCGCCUCAUCAUCAUCUUCAACGGAGAACGAGGAGGCGGUAAAGAGCAGGAUGGAGAAGAGAGAGAAGGCUCUCAAGCUCUACCAGGCUGCUAUCAAGGAAUUGGAUGUGAGGGCAGUCUUCGCCGGCUUAGAUGGUACAUCCGAGGAAUUGAAACCGGAGGAGCGACUCCGGGGACUUGGAAAUAAGGCUAUUUCUACCUGGGAGGAGAAAGUGAAAGUCGCGCAUUGGGAGGAGAUCAUGGACACGCUUGAGAUGAAAGACACCACCACAACAACCGCAACUACGAGACCACAAGAGAAGGAGCAGGAACAGGAACAAAGCUGAGCCCGAUGCACGGAAUCACCAGACUUACAGAACUUACAGUUACCUCAUACUCUCUCUCUCCUUCUACCCAGAAUCCCUAUUUCUUGGCAGGUUUGUCUCACCUGCCGAGUACUUUUCUGGCCCUCCUCCCCUUGCUGGUGGAAAGGGGAAUUUUUUUUUUUUUGAAUUCACUUCCCCCUGGCCCGGUCCGCGGAUGGGUUCGCUCCCCGUUUCGUGCUGCUGCAGGGGUCUUUUGUUCCUGCGUUCUGCGCGUGCCGGACGUCGGUUUCACGGCCUUGCGGCUUGCUUAGGGUGGAGAGAUGAAGCUGAAGCUGCUGCAAGGAUUCGGGAUUUCCGCUGCGGAUACUGGGCCGGGUUCCUGAAUAAUUACUUGGUUUAGGUGCAUCUGCAUCAUCCCAUUGUGGGUGUAGUGCACUGGUGAUCGUGGUGGUUUGAUUGAGUGAUGGAUGAUGCUUGGGGGUGGUUUGUGUCGGUUAGGGGAUUGUCG